CAAUGAUCCACAUCUGGACCAAGUUUCCAUCAAACAGCUUGUAGAAGCCAAAGAAAAGUGGUUGACUGCAUUCAAUCGGAGCUAUGGUUAUACGCUUCGCUCUCUAGCGUUUCCGCCGUUUGACAAUCCUCGAGAUCGUGGUGACCGUUCCAUCAUCUCACUUUUGACAAGUGCUCUUCCGCUUCCAAGAGCUCCUUUGCAAUCUUGCUCCAGCACACACCAAGAAGCUGUUCGUACUCUUGUAGAUGAUCUUGCAGAAUACUCUCGAGAAUGGUGGUCGAACAGAUUUGAAGACGUACUGCGAGAAGUUGAAAGUCGACAAGAGCCACCAGUUAUGCUAAUUGGCGACACGGCA